CGAUAAAAACUUCUUGUGCUUGGUGGUACUUGACGAGCGAUGUAACUGAAUGCUAAAAACACUGUUCAGAAGCAAUAAUGAUGGUUUUUAGAGCAACAAUUACUUAAGAAUUCAAAUUUCUGACUCACUAAUAAUUAAAUACACAGAUUUGCAUAUGAAAUAGCAAUAAUAAGCAUCUAAAAUGUGGCAGAACAGCAAUGAUAGAGCUUCUUACAAUUCUAUCAAUCUUUUAUACAGUUUGCAACAAAAACAAGAAGAUGUAUGGUUACCACGAAACAAAAUGCCUGGUGAAGCAGAAAGUAUUGAAAUGCACCACAGAACUACGGCAAGUAACGACGAUUUGUCAUCCCUUGACAGUUGGGCACCAACCGAGUUCAGUAGAUCAUCUUUGGGUAGUACUAUGUCUAUCGACUCGGCAGGCACGGGGAUUUCAUCAGCCAAUACGACACCAGGUGGUUCUCCGCUUUCGACACCAACUACCAAAAAGAAGAAACUUAACUUGAAACCAGCCUUAAAGCUUAAUAUGGACAAUGACACCUGGAAAGCAGCGAAGCAAAGAAGACGUAGACACAAGUACAAAAAGAAUAUUCAGGCUUCAAGCGCCAAGAUGAGAGCAGUUAUGAAGCAAAGCAAAACGCCACAGUUUCGGCUUCGUAUGAUUCUUUUUACCUUGUUCGGCUUAAUAAUAACUAUCGUUUCAUUCACGUGGCACAUGUAUCAGAGACAACUAUUGCAAAUUGCAAUCGGAGAUAAAAUUCGAUUUCAUGAAGCUCGAAGAGUGCUUCAUCUCUUAAAAGAAGAUGGGAAAGAAAUUGUUGAAGCAGUUUUAGGAAAUGGAAUUCCAGGAGAUCUUAAUCCUUACCAGUGCGAAAUAUAUAGCUCUUUAAGGUCAUCGAAAAUAUGCGAAGAAUGGAAGUAUCGAGCCAAGCUGCAUAUCAACUUUUCCCACAGUUCUAAUCUUAGUUGUUAUAACAUUCAGUGGCAAAGUUUGGCAAUGGACACAUUGCUACGCGAUUGUAUUUCUUUGAAGAAUGCGCAAUGGUACGGCAUGGGUCUUCAAAGAAGACUUCAAUGGCCUUUACGUGCAACCCCUGGUGAAGACUCUCAUCCUUUGGUAACUGGUGAUGGAGUGGAACAGAUGUUCGGUGGCAUAAUAGAUCGCUAUUGGCUGUCUUCAGAUGGAGUUGCUGCGUACGUAGAUCCUGAAGUACCACUGUAUGUUACAAUUACAAAUAAAUACCUUUGUUUAGAAUCUAGAAACGACAAUGACUUUCCAUAUCAGCAGUCAUACCCUACAUUUUUGAAGUACACAAUAUGUACUGGGAAAAAUAUGCAAACACUUCAUCAAGACAUGAUGAUUAGCUACAGAUCACCUUUAACAGAUACAAGCGGUAGUGUAUUUUUGAUGUCUCCGAUAUGGGUUCAUGCUCCCGGAGAAAAUUUAACUCAAACAUCUGUUCAGGAAUUUGCCAAUCGCAUUAUGGAGUAUACUUCAAAAUUACCAGGAUUCCUCUUGCUUGAUAGCAGAUGGCAGCAGCAAGAAGGAAGUCUAGAAUUUAACAGGAAAGCUUUCCCUAAACCCAGAGAUAUCCUUAAAAUUUUGCGACAUAAAGGAUUUCGAGUACUUCUUAUGAUUAAUCCUUUUGUUUGCCUUCCUUCGAAGAUAUUUGCGGUUGCUGCGGAAGGUAGACACUUAGUCACAGAUAAAUGGAAACAUGUCCCAUUGUUGACAAGAUGGCAUGGAAAAAUAUGCGGUAUUUUAGAUUUUACUAAUAAUGCAACAUCUAGCUGGUUUCUUGAGAGACUGGUGAAAUUAAAAGCAAGGUAUGAUAUUGAUGGAUUUCUGUUUACUGGUGGCCAAACCACAUACUUACCGAGGUACUAUUCUUACUAUACACCUUUCAUAAAUCCCGAUUCAUUUUUGCAGUAUUAUUUAUCUAUUGCUGGAAAACUUAAUUCUAUUUUGGGAACAGAAGUUGGAUUCCUUACUCAAAACUUCCCAGGAUUCGUAAGACUUACUCCAAGAACCGUAUCUUGGGAUAGUUUCAGUGGAUUGGGUUCAAUCAUUCCAGAAGUGCUUACGUUAGGAAUACUCGGUUAUCCCCUCAUCAAUCCAGGAUCUGUUGGUGGGGAUGGAGCUGGAGAAAUGCCAUCAAGAGAAUUAUAUUUAAGGUGGAUGGAACUCGUAAUUUUCCUUCCAGUUGUUCAGUUCACUGUUUCUCCUGACUAUUACGAUAAAGAAGUGAUCGAAACUUUGUAUAGGCUAUUAGCAGUAAGAGAAGAACUUGUUCUUCCUGUUUACAAAGCUGCUUUAGAGCAGUUUCCUGAAACUGCAGCACCUCUUGUCAGACCACUUUGGUGGAUCGCUCCUGAAGAUAAGCAUGCUCAGAUAUGCGACUCCCAGUUUCUAGUUGGUCAGCAGAUAAUGGUAGCUCCUGUAUUGGAAGAACGUAGAAGGAACAGAGAUAUUUAUUUACCAGCUGGUUGGUGGAAAGACCAUCUUCUUCAUGAAGUUCGCAGAGGAGGUAAAUGGUUACAUAACUAUCCCGUACCUAUAAAUAAAAUAGCAUAUUUCAGUUUAACUGAUGAACCAUUAUAAAAAAGUACCAAUUGAACCUGUAAUUUUUAUGCAUUUAUCUUUCAUAAGGAUUUUAUAUCAGAUAUGAUACAUUGGCCUAAAUAUAAGAUGAUACAUCUCUUCUUAAGCUGCUGUUUUGAAGAUCAAACCCAUCUUAACGUUAAGCCAAUAUUUGAAAAGAACUGUAAGGUAAUUUUAUCACAUAGUCAUUAGAAUAAAAGCCAAAAUAUAUUAAUUAAUUUCAAUUUUAAAGUAUGGUAUUUUGAUAAUUUUUUUCAUUCAGAAUAUCAUGUCCAUCGUUUCUUAUUGCUGUAUAUGAUGCUGCCUCAUAUAAAAUCCCCAUUUUUUUCCUUUUUAAAACUACUUUAAAAUGCAGGAUUGUCUAGGACUCAAGCUAAUACGUUAUUUUUACAAAGGAAUGAUAUUAGAAUAUUUUUGUCUAUUGUAUGUUUUAUGAAAUGUAAAUAAUAAGAUAACAUAUAAUGUAAAUAUCAUCAGUUUCAAUUUACUCAAGGGCCAGAAUUUUUAAAAAUCAUUUACAGUAAAAGCAAGAAUGUGACAAAGUUACAGGUCACAAAGUUAUAUUUUUAUUCAUAUGAUGCUGCAAAGUAAAUUCAUUUAAAAUCUGUAUAUUUAUUAUAAAUCAUAUAAAAUACUAGCUACAAAUGUUGAACAUUUUAUGUACUUACUCUGUUAAACUCAACAUCCACUGUAUUGCAUUCAAUAAGUAUGUAUUUUAAAAUUUCAAUAGAUUAUCUCUUGAAGCGAAACAUAAUAAAACGAAUAUUUACAUAAUGUA